AUGAGAGACAAUAAGCUAAAAGUAGUAUUAUACACAGUUGGUGGUGCUGCUGUCUUAGCGGGAACCUACAUUUAUUUCAAAAGGAGAAAUAUGACUCUAGAAUAGAAAUACUCAUUGCUUUUUAAUUAGUUUUCGUAGCAAAUCCUCUCUUUUAAAUAACUCAAUUAAAGCAAUUUUUAACUUAAAUAUGAUAAACUAUUACAUUUAGCUAUUUAAGAAGAAAAUAACAGCAGCAGCAGCAACUAACUUACACUUGCAGAUUAAAUAUCUUUUUCAGAUGUCGAUGCUAUUCUAAAUUAAGGAGCAUGUUCUUAAGAAAUUAAUGCUGGCGGUUAUUAUUACGACUGUUUUGAUUGUAGUCCUGCAAGAUAAGAAAAUGCUUAAACACUAAAUGGUAUAGAAAUUGAUACAUCAUAUCAAAUAUUAUGCGAGGAUUGCUUUAAAACAGAAGAACACAAAAAUCAUAAAUUUAAAAGAGUAGUACAUCCGGGUAUUGUAAACGCUUAUUGCUAAUGUGGAAAUGAAUCAUUAGUAAAUAAGAAGUGUUUUUGCAAGAAACAUUAAGGCUUUGAUAAAAUCAAAUAAUUAUAUGACGACUAGCUCUUUAAGCAGCCUAGGCUAUGGAAAAGCAUUGAAACAUUCUUAAUUGAUUCCUUCUACUAUUAUAUUCAAAUAGUAAGCGUUUCAAUUCAAUAAAAACUAGAUAAAGUAAUUGAUGAAAAGACAUACAACUAAAAUAUUUAAGGUAUUAAUUACUUCCUUUAGCUCAUAAUAAAUAAAAUAAAUGAAAUUCUUGAACUAAAUCCUCCUUCCACUUAUCUCAUAUCAAGCAUACUCUUAAAAUCUUUUGAAAAACCUAUUUCUUUUAAGAUUAAAAAAAAUUAACAGCAAAAUUAUCCUGAUAAAUACAUAAGGUUAAUUUAAAAGUAAAAAGAGAUUAAUCAAGAUUUAACUAUUUUGGAUUGCCUUUUGCUAAGUUAUGAAGUUAUAUGUCCUAACAGCGACAAAUAUCUUUCUAAGCUUUUUUAUACUCUUGCUUUAGCUGAUGAAAAAUUUGCAACUAUUCUUUGUGAAAAAUUCUUUAGAAUGAUUGGAUUUAUUGCAUCAACUUAAAAAUCUAAAGAUGAGUGGAUCUAUAAGAGUAAGCUCCCAACAUUCACUCACAUUAUAAUGGAAAAUAUAUAUAUUUAAAGAACUUUUGACCAUAUAUUAAAUACAUUAGGAGCUGAUAUAUUUAAUAUGCUUGAAUAUCUCGCAUUUUACAUACAAAAAAAAUUAAUUUUUUAAUAAGGAGAAGUAAAUGAAAUUGUUGUUCUAUUACCUAAUGUAACUUUUGAUAUGUUUAAACAAGUUUAAUAAAUAAAAACUUUGAUGUAAAGAUAUCCAAAGGAAUUAGUGAAUGCAGUUAAUAAUUUAAAUUAGGCUCUUUUCUUUGGAAACCUUAUUAAUUAUUAAAAUACUUUAUCAGAUAAAUAACUAUUAUAGAGUUGGUGUGAUAGUUUAGUAUUUUUUACUCAAUUUGUUAAUAUUGAAGUUAAUAAUAUUGAUGCUUAAAUCUAAGUUUUCUAAGCCUUGAAGCUUAUAAACGAUGAAGAAUUAACCAAAAAUAUGAUAUCUAUAAUGUGUGAUAGCUUUAGAGAGCACAUUUAAAAAAUAAGUGAUUUAACAGAAGAAAAAGAAAAUUUCUAUACACUAUCAGUUUCUUCAUUAACUAUUUUGCCUUACCUAGUCGCAAUAUCUGAAAAAAAAAUGUUUACACAAUCUUCCAUUUAAAAAUUCUUUAAUGACUAAUUUAGUUUUAAAUGUGAAGAAGAAAAAAUACAUUUUUUCAAAUGCUUAAGAAAAGUUCUUUCAAAAUUUAUUCUUUUUGAAGCUGAUUUAUUCAAUAUAAUUUUUUAAUGCUUAAGUAUGAUUGGAAUGGAGGAAUUAGCUUAGGUAGUAAAGGAAAGCGUUUUUAAUCCAACCUAUAAAAUAUAUGAUAUAUUCAUAUUUGUCCAUUCUAUAAUUCUUUUAGCCGAUAAUAAUAGUAAUACCACUACUCAGAAUAACCCACCUUAAAAACUAAUUGAAAAAUUACAAAAGCCUUUGUAAAAUAAUAAACAACUGAAUUCAGGUUAAUCAUUUUACACUUCACAAUUAAUAUAUUAAAUACUUUUAGAUUCUACACCUUUUUUAAACUUGUUCUCUAAAACAUUCUAAUUAUUCUUCUCGGAAGUAUGUUCUUCAGAAGUUACUCAAAUAAAAAAAAUAAUCAAAAGUAACGUAGAAGAACUUGUUGUGACUUGUAUCAAUAAAAAUAAUCUAGAAAAAAUGAACUUGAACGAUUUGGAAGAGAUUUGCUCUGUUUUAAUUGAUGAUCAAAAUAUAGUGAAACUAAAUUACAAAGAAGUUUUGGAUUAAGAUGAAAGUGAAUAGUUUAUUUUCCUUCGCAAAUAAUAUACCCAAAAGUUUUAUUCUCGCCAUCUGUUAAGAAAUUAAUUUAAUGAAGUUUUCAACGAUAUCAAGAAAGUAGGUCUAAAAAAUAGAAAAUCAGAAGAGGAGUACACAUUUGCUGGAAGUGAUUUUAGUUUAGAAAAGCUAUUUCCAUAUCAAUAAGAAAUCUUCAAAAAGAUAUUUUUGGAUGAGGAGUAUGUUAGAUAAAUCAUCUCAGUUUGUUUAGACUAAACAUAAUUUAUAGUUAAAAUAUAAGAAAACUUAAUACUUUAUCUUUUGUUGAAGUUUAUUGUUUCUAAAGAUCAAUCUGAAAUUAUGAGUGAAGAAGAGAAAAAAUAAAUUGAAAAAAUAAUCUAAAUAUUACCUUUGGAAAAACUAAAAGAAUAAUUUAUAGAUGAAAUUGAUUGUUUAAAACAAUAAACUAGUAUUGAUUUGUUGAUAACUGCUGAGAAAAUAUUAGAAAUGUUGAAACAAAUAAGUUAAAAUGAAAAAUGA